AUGGUAUCCAGUGCGCCGCUUCUCGUACAGGGGCAACCUGCAGCCCCACUGAGGAGGAAAAACAGUGAAGGCCACCAGAAAAUUAACAAUGAAGCUGCCCCCUGUCACCUCUUGCAGGCGAAGUGGCACUCAUGUGGAAUUGGUUAUGUGGCACAAGGGGACUCCUGCAUUGCCGAAUUUGAUGACACAAAUACCACUAUGGCCCGUCGAAGUUCUCAAAAGAAUCCAUCGAAAGGUGAAAAAUUAACAGGUCAAUCUUCUUGUUCAGAUGGCAACACAAGAAAUUCAAGGAAAGAACGCUUGCGCUGGACUCAAGACUUGCGAUCUUGUUUCGAGGAGGCAAUUAAUAAACUUGGUGGAGCUGAUAGAGCAACACCCAAAGGCAUAUUGAAGGCUAUGUCUCUUCCAGGACUUACCAUCUAUCAUGUCAAAAGCCACCUGCAGAAGUACAGAAUUUAUAAGUUCUUUCCUGAUUCUCAUGAGAGAUCCAAAAUUGAGCGUAGACGACUCUCAGAUAUUCUUCCCAAUUUUGGUGUCGCAUCAUGUGCACAAAUUACUGAAGCCUUACAGUUGCAAUUACAAGUGCGAAGGCAACUAUAUGGUCAACUGGAGGGUCACAACCCAUUAAGAAUGAAACUUGAUGCUCAAGGAAGCUACCUUGACAAGCUCACUUCCAAAAACAACAUCGGGAUUGAUCAUAAAUUUCAUGGAGCUUCUUCCCCAGAAGCAUCAUCAUGUAUUGUUGAAGUGUCUGGGAUAAAUGUAGAUAAACUUCUCUCCGAUUCAAAAGUCAAUGAGAGUUCUCAACACCAUUGGGUUCACAAUAGGCUAAAACCACUUGACCCAAUUUUGCAGCCCAUGCCAAUGGUUUCUAAGGACCACAUGGAAUAUAACCAACUGAAGAUUCUGCAACCUUUGGUCAUCUCUAAAGAAGAUCAAUAUUCAGACUCCAACAAUGACAAUGGGCUUUGGUGGUCUAUUUUGGCAAGUGAGUCUCCUACUUCAGCUCAAGAAUCUGCCAAUAAUGUUAUAAACUCAAGGGAAAAUGGAUAUUCUCAAAGCUUGCACCAUAAUCACCCAAGUCCAAAUGAAAACUCUCAAGGUUUGCAUCUUGAGCCACGAGGAGAGCCAUCUCUUCAUUACUUUGAUAUUUAUUCAGAGGUCCAUAGUUCUUUGAUUAGGAAUCCUGCUAGUUAUAUGGAGGGCCCAAGUCUAGAAGAUUUUCGUGAUACAUCUGCCUUUCCAUUGGGGAGAAAUUUUCUUUAUUAUUUGGGUUAG